AGUGUUAGUAUAUAAAAAAAAAAAGACAAAAUUUUUCCAAAAUUAAUUUCCGUCGUAUAAAGAUUUUUUCAAAACUGGAUUAUAAUAAAUCCGACGAUAUUGGAUCUCUACAGGAAAACAAUUCCGGUAUAACCAACAAAAUGGUUAAACGCACUGAUGGUUCAGAAUCUCCUACAUUAGCCGAAUCCGAUGCAGAUGGCCACGAAAAACCACGUGUCAAAUAUGGCGAAUUGGUUAUAUUAGGCUACAAUGGCUAUUUGCCUCAAGGAGAUCGUGGACGUAGACGUUCCAAAUUUGUUUUAUAUAAACGUAACGAGCCAAGUGGUGUUAAACGUUCCAAACAUUAUAUCGUACAAUCGCCACAGACAUCAAAAGCCAUACUCGAUGCCAAUCAACAUUCGAUAUCGUACACAUUGUCUCGAAAUCAGGCAGUAAUUGUCGAAUAUAAAGAGGAUUCGGAGACAGAUAUGUUUCAGGUUGGUCGCUCAUCAGAGUCGCCUAUUGAUUUUGUAGUAAUGGAUACACUGCCUGGUGAUAAGAAAGACGCUAAAGUAAUGCAGAGUACAAUUUCACGUUUUGCUUGUCGCAUUUUGGUUAAUCGAUGUGAGCCCACAAAGGCGAGAAUAUAUGCGGCCGGCUUUGAUUCAAGUAGGAAUAUAUUUUUGGGUGAAAAAGCCACAAAAUGGCAGGAUAAUGUGGAAAUCGACGGCCUAACAACAAACGGUGUACUAAUCAUGCAUCCAAAGGGUCAAUUUUGUGGUGGCAAUGCUAAAUGCGGCCUCUGGCGCGAAUGUUCAGUGGGCGGCGAUGUGUUUAGUUUGCGUGAAUCACGCUCAGCCCAACAAAAAGGCCAACCAAUUUACGAUGAAUCAAAUGUAUUACAAGAUGGCACUUUAAUUGAUUUAUGCGGAGCUACUUUAUUGUGGCGUUCAGCUGAAGGUCUACAACAUUCACCGACAAAACGUGAUUUGGAGAAAUUGAUUGAUGAGAUAAAUGCCGGUCGUCCUCAAUGUCCUGUUGGCCUUAACACUUUGGUUAUACCCCGUAAAGUUAACAUUGGUGAUCAAAUUAAUCAGCCUUAUGUGUACUUAAAUUGUGGUCAUGUGCAAGGUCAUCAUGAUUGGGGUCAAGAUAAAAGUACCGGAGCCAGACGUUGUCCCAUGUGUUUGGAAGUCGGACCCGUGGUGACACUGUGUAUGGGCUUAGAGCCGGCUUUCUAUGUUGAUAUUGGUCCGCCUACAUUUGCAUUUAAUCCAUGUGGUCAUAUGGCUACCGAAAAAACGGUCAAAUAUUGGGCCAAUGUCGAUAUACCACAUGGAACAAAUGGUUUUCAGGCCGUUUGUCCAUUUUGUGCGACGCCAUUAGAUGGCAAUUCAGGUUAUAUUAAAUUGAUUUUUCAAGAUAAUCUAGAUUAAAUUAGUUUAGCAAUAAACGUGAAACAUGAAUGAAUAAAAAAAAAAAAAAAAACAAGUUAAAAAAAUUUAUAAUAAUU